AUGGCAGGACAGGCAUUUAAAAAAUUUCUUCCUCUUUUUGACCAAGUACUGGUUGAAAGAUGUGUGGCUGGGACAGUAACUAAAGAAGGCAUGGUGAUUCCAGAAAAAUCUCAAGGGAAGAUGCUACAAGCCGUUGUUGUGGCGGUUGGAUCAGGUUCGAAAAGCAAGGAUGGAAACAUUCAACUACUUAGUGUAAAAGGUGGUGAGAAGGUUCUACUAUCUGAGUAUGGGGGUACAAAAGUUAUACUGGAUGGCAUAACUAUCUGA